AUGCAAGGAAAGUCACCUAAAGCCAUAAUAACAGAUCAAGAUCCAGCAAUGACAAAGGCCAUUUCUAUUGUAUUUCCAAAUACAUUCCAUCAGUAUUGUAUUUGGCAUAUAAUGCAGAAGGUACCUGAGAAAUUAGGAGCCAUCGCACAUAGGGAUGAAUUUAUUCGAUCAUUCAACGAUUGUGUAUGGAAUUCGCAAACGUCUGAGGAUUUCGAAGAUUCAUGGGAAAAAUUGAUGAUAGAGAAUGGUUUGGAAGAUAAUGUAUGGUUGAACUCUAUAUAUGCAGUCCGUCAUAAAUGGAUACCCGCGUAUGUACGGCAUGUAUUUUUCACGGGUAUGUCAAGUAGCCAGCACAGUGAAAGUAUGAAUGCAUUCUUUCGUAGUUAUAUCUCGAAACGUAAUUCAUUUAUAGAUUUCAUUGUUCGGUUUGAUAGGGCACUUGCUCGCCAAAGGCAUAACGAGCUUGCUGCAGAUCAUGAAACAAUAUGCCAUGUGAAAUAG